AUGUUAGCAGCAGAACAGGAAAACGCUCAGCUCAGAGAGGAACUGGUUAACCUCAAGGGAGAGAUGGAAAGAAUGGCAAUUAUGAUGGAAACUAUGAUGGCUGAGAGAGAGCAAGCAGCAAUCUCCAAUUCAACUCCUGUUGUGGUCGUCACAGUUGCACCUGAGGGUCCCCCGCAACCAUCUCCGACUACUACUACAACUAUCGGCCUCACCCAGCCUCUGAUGACUGAUUUUUCUUCUGGUAAUAUGGCAACUAUGGGUAACUCAGGCUUCCGUCCUCUUGGCCCCCAGGGUCUCUUUUCUACUCCUCAGUAUUCCAUGCCUCCAGGCUACCCUUGGGGCAUGCCGCUUGCAGCUAAUGGGGUUUUUCGUCCAAGUGCUACUGAAAUGCCAUUCGCACAUGGUCAACAGACUUCACCAUUUUCUCAGAUGGGCCAGCUAUUUCCUCAGGCUGCUAUGACUCAAGCAGGACCCACUGUGCAUGUUGAGCCACAGCAGGAAGAGCAGAUUUAUCAUUCUGACAGUGUGAUGGGGGACGACAAAGCAGUUAACUGGGAAGAGAGGUUCAGGGCUUUGGAAAAAGAGAUGAGUAACAUGCGUGGUAAAGAAGUAGUCGUCCAGAGUAUAUACGAUCUUUGCUUGGUACCAGAUGUGGAUAUACCCCCAAAAUUCAAGAUGCCUGUGUUUGAGAAAUACCAAGGGGACUCGUGUCCACAAAAUCAUCUAACUAUGUAUAUUACGAAGAUGAUAGCUUACAGGAACAACGUACCUUUGCUCAUUCAUUGCUUCCAGGACAGUUUGACCGGUCCUGCACAUACUUGGUUUAUGGGAUUGAAAGGCAUUACUACGUUUGAACAAUUGGCUGACGCUUUCAUGCAACAAUACAAAUAUUGGCGUUACAAAUACAACACGUAUCUGGCGCCUAGUCGCAAAGAGUUGCAGUCCUUGACCCAGAAGGACAAAGAAUCAUUCAAAGAGUAUGCACAACGCUUCAUCCAGAAGGCCUCCCAGAUUCGUCCGCCCUUGGAUGAAAGGGAAUUAUCUGAGAUGUUCUAUGAGACUCUGAGCCCUUGCUAUUCAGAGAAAAUGAUUGUUUGUGCAUCACAGAAAUUCACCGACCUGGUAGAGACGGGGAUACGUAUUGAGGAUUGGGCUCGUAAGGGAGCUGGUUCUUCAGGUGGUUCUGCAGGAAGUUCGUCUAAUGGUAACAAGAAGUUUGGUAAUGGUUACUCAAAAAGGAAUGCUCAAGAAGUCGGCAUGGUGGCCCAUGGCGGAUCUCAGCCUGUGUACCCUAAUCAUCCUUAUGUUGCUAACAUUACCCCACAAAUGACCGCUCCCCAGAACCCAAAUUAUCAACCACCAAGACCUCAAGGACCUUCACCAUACUAUCCACCACUAUAUCAACUACCAUACAACCCACAACAAUUCCCUCAACAACCAUACCAACAAAGGCCACAAUACCCCCCACAACAACAACCCCGUCCUCAAGCUCCCUACAAUCAGCAGAAUCAAAAACAACAAUUUGAUCUCAUACCAAUGACUUAUGGAGCAUUACUGCCUUCCUUGCUCGCGCAAAACCUGGUUCACACACUACCACCCCCUCGCAUUCCAGAUCCUCUCCCACGCUGGUACCGUCCUGAACUUCAUUGUGUUUAUCAUCAAGGGGCAGCAGGUCACGAUGUGGAACGUUGUUAUGCCCUCAAGAAAGAGGUCCAAAAACUGCUCAAUAGCAAAGAGUUAACUUUCGCCGACCCUGAUCAUGUUGCCCAAAACAAUCCUCUGCCUCCCCGUGGGCCUGUUGUUAAUAUGAUUCAAGACUGUCAGGAAGAUGCCUGCAUUCUCUACGCAUGUGACAUCAAGACCCCUUUGGUACCGAUACAUGUGAAAAUGUGUGAAGUAGCUCUCUUCAGUCACGAUCACGAGGCUUGUGAUGUGUGUUCGGUAGAUCCUCGUGGUUGCAUGCAAGUCCAAAAUGAUGUGCAAGGUCUCCUAGAUAAAAAGGAACUUGUGGUUACAAAGGAAAUCAAGAGCAAAAGUGUUUGUGUUGUCACCCCAAUAAUCAGAGCUAGGAGGCUGCUUGUGAUAAACCCUAACGGUGCAAAGCCCGCUGGCACUCCUCUGGUAAUCUGUGUCCCUAGGCCUGUACCUCCUUCCUCUCAGAAAGCCGUACCUUACAAAUAUGAAGGCACAAUUCUAGAACCCGGAAGUGAAACGACCUCAUCCUCUGUUGUGGACAAUAUUGCCGAGAGUAGUCAGAUUUUGAGAAGCGGCCGCGUUCUUCCUGCUGUGGUUCAGAAAAGCACUAAUAUUUCGGUCGAAGAAACAGUAAAGGAGCGGAACACAGGUAAAGGUAGAGUUGGAGAGCAUCCCAAAGAGAUUGACUAUGAGGAUGCUGAUGAAAUCUUAAAGCUGAUCAAGAGGAGCGAGUACAGGGUUGUGGACCAGUUGUUACAAACCCCUGCAAAGAUUUCCAUUAUGUCUCUGUUAUCAAGCUCUGGUGCUCACCGAGAUGCCCUGAAGAAAGUACUAGACCAGGCUUUUGUGGAUUAUGAUGUGACUUUGGGCCAGUUUGAAAGUAUUGUGGGGAAUGUGACCGCAUGUAACAGUCUGAGUUUCAGUGAUGAAGACCUCCCAGCGGAGGGGAAGAAGCACAAUCAGGCAUUACUCAUCUCUGUACUUUGCAGAACAGACUCCUUAUCCAAUGUUCUAAUAGACACCGGCUCUGCUCUUAAUGUGAUGCACAAAUCAACCCUUGAUCAAUUGACAUAUUCCGAGGCUCUCUUGAGGCCCAGUAAGGUGACGGUGAGGGCAUUUGAUGAGACCAGAAGAUCAGUAUAUGGUGAGAUAGAUUUGCCCAUCUCAGUAGGCCCACAUGAGUUUCAGGUUACUUUUCAAGUCAUGGAUAUCCAGGCUUCUUUCAGCUGUUUGCUUGGCAAACCAUGGAUUCAUGACGCUGGGGCAGUGACAUCCACUCUCCACCAGAAGCUGAAAUUUGUAAGCCAUGGAAAGCUCAUUACUGUGAGUGGCGAGUCAGCCUUUUUGAUCAGCAAUUUGUCUGCUUUCUCUGUUAUUGGUGGUAGUAGUUCAGACGAGUCAUCAUUCCAAGGGUUCUCUGCUGAAGGAAGUGUAGGUAAGAUUGAGACUUGUAUGGCUUCGUUGAAGGACGCACAGAGGGUAAUCCAGGAAAGCAAAACCGAAGGUUGGGGUCAGCUAGUGGAGUUACCAGAGAACAAGCGCAAGGAAGGGGUUGGUUUUCUUAACAGUAGGUCUGGGAUGUUUGACCCUACCGAAGGCUCUUUCUGCAGUGCAGGAUUCAUCCACGAUUCACCAGAGAUCAAUGCAAUUACCGAUGAUGCGCCUUGA